AUGCAGAUCUUUGUGAAGACUUUGACAGGCAAGACCAUUACUUUGGACGUGGAGCCGUCCGACUGCAUUGACAAUGUCAAGCAGAAAAUUCAGGACAAGGAAGGCAUUCCACCUGACCAGCAACGUCUGAUCUUUGCUGGCAAGCAGCUGGAAGAUGGCCGUACACUUUCGGACUACAAUAUCCAGAAAGAGUCGACGCUACACCUGGUGUUGCGUCUUCGUGGUGGUGCUAUUGAGCCUACACUUGCUGCUUUGGCCAAGAAGACAAACUGUGAGAAGCAGAUCUGCCGUAUUUGCUACGCGCGUCUCCCUCCCCGUGCCACCAACUGCCGCAAGAAAAAAUGUGGCCACAGCAACCAAUUGCGCAUCAAGAAGAAGCUCAAGUAA